AAUCGGUUGAAGAUUUGUCAGUUGUAGAAUUCAACAGUAUUGAAAUAAAAGAAAGAUUUACUAAGCUUACUACAUACUUUCCUAAAAUGUCAACUUCUUCAAAGUUAAUUUGUGAUAACAUAGAAAACGCAAAUCUUGUUCCUGAAGAUUUACUCUCAGAUAACAUUGUUAAUGGG